AUGGAAGUUCAGUGCAGUCCUUGGGAACUUUGCUAUCAGGAAGAGGGGAUACAAGAGUUGAAGCAUUCUCUUCUGUGCACAACCUUGGAGCUUGAGACAACAAUUUUCUCAGCGAAGGAGAAGAUUGCAAAGAGAGAAGAAGAACUUGUUCAGCUCAAAGAUCUCCUAAGCAGAACCGUCCAAGAGAGAGAUGAGGCUCAAGCAAAAUGCCGAAGGCUAGUUUUGGACAAGCUCAUGCUCCAACAAGAGCUGCAAAAACAGCAACAACAACAAGAUCAAGAAGUAGUUGCUGCACAAAAUGAGGAUAUUGAAUCAAAAGGCAGGGACUCAAACAACAAACAUUUUGCCUCUUCUGACUCUGAUGAAACCAUCACUGCAUCACCAAAUUCAGACCGAAUUACGAUCCCACAACCAUUGUCGCCACAACCACAAGCUGCCUCAAAAUUGGGAGCUGAGAAGCCAUUAGUAUUGCCGGAGAAGGGGAAGCUACUGCAAGCAGUAAUCGAAGCCGGACCACUCCUUCAAAACCUUCUCCUGGCUGGACCUCUGCCUCAGUGGCAGCACCCUCCUCCCCAGCUCAAAUCCAUUGAGAUUCCACCGGUUGCAAUCUUUCCCCCAACGGGGCAGCGUCUUCUGCACCAAGACUCUUGCAUUAGCAGUAACAUUAGCUGUUUCAGCAACAAGAGAAGCCUGGUGCACUGUGAUGAGCCUGGUUCUGAUUCUUCACCCAUCACCAAGUACCAAAAGCUUGUUCUGCAUUGA